CACUGCCUCUGCCACAGUGAUUUGGGUAUCCCAUGUUCAGUGGGUACCCCCAGUAGGGAUACCCAAAACAAUGAAAGCGUUAAAUACCACAGACUGGGGCAAGUGAAAUCAUCCAUAAUUCUACUCAAAAACCAUUUAUCUUCUUACGAAUCUUUGUCUUAAUAACUGAAAGCUUUCUUAAUCUUGAUAUAAACACAUAACGUCGCUGAAAACAGUCGCAAUUUAUAACAGACUGCCUGAUCCGAGUCUGCAAUAUAACGACGUACAAAACCGAUUCACGCGCUACAGUUCCUUGUAUGAACAUGCGCUUGCUGUCUAUGGAUAACCCUUGAAAUGGACGUUAUAAAUAUAAAUAAAUAAAUAUAAAUAAAGUAGACAAGGCUUAAAUCUUCGGAAAAGGGAAGCAAAUAAAAGUAGGGAUACCCAAAUCCCUAGUGAUUUGUGUAUCCCCUUCCUAAGUGUUGGCUUGUGGUCAUUUCUUUACUUCAGGGUAGCGCCAAAUCGACCGUUGUUAAAAAGGGAAACUAAACGCACAAAGAGAAAAGGCAUUCAAGGGAGGAAAGGACUAGAAAUUCCAAAAUGUAAGGGAUACUUAAAUCCCUAGUGAUAUGGGUAACCCGUUCCAGAGAGUUUGUUUGUCCUCGUUUCUUUAACUCAUGCCAGGGUAGCCGAACCGACCGAAGAUUAAAAGGUAAAGCAAACUUACAGAGACGAAAGCCAUUCUAAUGAGGAAAGGACUAACUGAAAAUUGUCAACAUAUAAGGGAUAACCAAAUCUCUAGUGAUACGGGUAUUCCCUUCCAGAGAGUUCGUUAGGUAUCUUUUCUUUAAUUCAGGGUAGCCGAAUCGACCGAAGACGAGAAGGAAAAGCAAACUUGCAAACUGACGAAAGUCAUUCCAGGGAAAAAAGGACUAGAAAUGCUAAAUUGCAAGGGAUACCUAAAUCCCUAGUAAUAUCGGGGUAUCCCCUUCAAAUAUGUUAAUUUGUUAUCGUUUCUUUUCAGCUACGUAUUGUGUUUAUAUCAAGCUCUACAACGCUUUAAUUUCUUGAGACAAAGCUUCGUAAGAAGAUGAUUAGGUUUUGAGCAGACUUGUGGACGAUUUCACUUGCCCCAGUUUUAAGCUUUCAGUGUUUUGGUUAUCCCCAGUGGGGAUACUUAAGACACUAGGGAUUUGGGUUCGGCCGUACCCAAAACUCGAGGAUACGCAAAUCACUGUGACACCGCGACUGAGCAUGCGGUCAGCGGCUUGCCGCCACUGAACAUGAACCACGGAUCCAAGUCACGUGAUGCAUUUCGGCGGGAACUGGAAAAAGAUAGACUUUCUGGAGAAUAGCAGAUCGAAGGGGUUGCUGAUUUCUCAGGAUUAGGGUUAUUCCAAAGUAACAUGAUAUGGUUGGUAAAAACAAGGGAUCAAAUUCCUGCAAAAGAAAGGGAGCUGUUAGCAAGAAGGACAAGGGAAAUCAUCAAGCUAAAGUUGGCAACCAGAAGAAAAAAGAAAAUUUGCCAAGCCACAUGAAUACUAAAUCCAACAGAUGUACAUCAAGUUUGAAAAGACAUCUCAAAGUUCACAGUGGCAACAAAUGCUACAAAUGCACUCAGUGUAAGAAAUGUUUUAACUACUCAUGGAAUUUGAAAAGACACCUAAGGAUUCACAGUGGUGAGAAACCCUACAAAUGUACUCAGUGUAAGAAAUGCUUUAACUCCUCAUGGAAUUUGAAAACACACCUAAGGAUUCACAGUGGUGAGAAACCCUACAAAUGCACUCAGUGUAAGAAAUGCUUUAACUCCUCAUGGAAUUUGAAAACACACCUAAGGAUUCACAGUGGUGAGAAACCCUACAAAUGCACUCAGUGUAAGAAAUGUUUUAACAGCUCAUCCAAUUUGAAAACACACGUAAGGAUUCACAGUGGUGAGAAACCCUACAAAUGCACUCAGUGUAAGAAAUGUUUUAACAGCUCAUCGCAUUUGAAAACACACCUAAGGAUUCACAGUGGUGAGAAACCCUACAAAUGCACUCAGUGUGACAAAUGUUUUAACCAAUCAUCAGUGUUAAAACAACAUAUGAGGAUUCACAGUGGUGAGAAAGGCUUCAAAUGCAACCAAUGCCGUAAAUGCUUCAAGUAUAAUAAGACUUUAAAAAGACACAGAUGCAGCAAACGUUCCACUGAAGACAGAGAAAAUUUCACCUGCUGGAUGUGUGGAGAAUACUGUUAUAAUGUAUGCGGGAUUCUCUUUCACAUGUCUGAACAUGGUAUGCGGAAAUCUUGAUACUCAGGAAAGUUGGGGUAUACUCCUGUUUGAAAACAAAAUGUCAAAUAGGAAUUUAUGUGAUUAAUGAUCAUGACUGGUAGCAUUCACAGUGGACCAGUACCUUACCAGAUUUUUAUUAGCUACUAUCUAAAUCAAUUACAGGACUGGUUUGAGAAUUCUUAAAAUCCCAGACUACAUUAGUUUUUAUGCAUUGUUAGUUUCUGUUUUUAAUCUUUGUAUUUUUCUAUUUUGUUAUUGAAGUUAAAUGUACAUUUUGAUUUAAGAGGCUUUUUUUCAAGAAUUUACCCUUGACACUCAGCCAGUCAGUCACAUAGCAUAUGAACUAUCUUGGUAGUUGGAAAGUUGGGAUAUUAGAUUAGCUACCUUAACAUUAGCCUCCAACGCAGACACUUAUUGGGCUCAUCAUGGUGUGAUGAAGAGAUUGCUGUUGUGCAGUAAAAUAUUACUGUAGGUACAAAGUUAAGGAAGAUGUUACUUUGUAGUAGUUGAUAUUGCAAUUAUUUGGCUGCUUCGGUAAGUUUUCAAGACUAGUGUUAUAUUGCAUUAUGAGUGCUCAAACUGGGCCACAUGGGCCAAAUAGCUAUUUUUAACUUUGUUCACUUGGGCAGAGUUAAUUAUGCAAUCAAAACAUUAAUUGAGAACACAGGCUGGCGAUAUCUUUUUUUUGUAAAUGAACCACUGGCCUUGAAGAAUAUAAACACGAAGUUGUUGAUCUUUCGGGAAACAAUGUCAAUGUUUUUAUUAAUUAGUUUUGAUCUUAUUUUUGAAACAGUUUUAGACUUGGUCAGCCAAUAGAAUGUUACAGGUAAGAGUUUCACAUGUAAAAUUCCCACAAAGGAAACAAAACACCCAAGUGAGAUAGAAUCCAAAGGGUGUGGACUGAUGAACAAUCAACACAAUUUGUAUAUAUAAAAAUUAUCUUAUCGUCGUGAAACCAUCAGUCAUAUAAUCAACAACAAGUUUAUUGAUUGGAUUAUAAUUCGGUCUGAGACAUACACUUAUAUAUAUUACCAUUAUCAUUUAGGAUCAAAACUAAUGAAUCAUCAAAUGACCAAGUUUUCCAAGAGGUAGCCAACUUCUUGCAACUUUGUUGGGUUUCAAACUUUGUUGUCGAACUGUAUUGUUUGCAUUCUUUGAUUUCAGUGGUUUGUUUCCACAAAAAGACAACAUCCUUUGCUCUUGCUGAUGUUCCAAGUGCCCUGGUUGUUUUUCACUGGUAUUGAAUUAUGUCGCAUUGAAUACUUUGUAUUAACCAGGACUUAAUAACUUUUGGUUAAUUAGAGAAAUUGUGUUUCAGCUGCUAGACACAAACGGCUGUAUCAUGUUUGAUUCACAUGUCUCUUUGUAAUAAUUAAAUGACCAGAGAAGGCAGGUUAACAUUC